CAGCCCGGUGGCCGGCGGGGAGAGCGCCUCAGUCGUUCGCGGCUGCUGAGCCCCGAGGACGCGGCCCCAAGAGGGGCAGCGGCCUGGCUCCGGUCCCGGGGACAGGAAUAGCGACGGGGACAGGGACAUGGCUGCCGCCUCUCGGCACGCAGCGCCCCCAGUGCCCGUGCCAAGGACCCGGACUGCCGCCGCCGCCGCCACCGCCGCCGCGGCCGGGGGCUGAGGACUAUGAGCCCUUCGCCCGAGCAGUCAGGCCUCGCUCCGGCCCCGCUGCAGUCUCAGUGUCAAACCAGGAUAGAAAAACUCAACAAGAAUUUAAGAUGUGAAGAGUCUUUUCUUAAAAGAAGAAAAAAGUGAUUGUUGGGACUAUGGAUCGGAGCAAACGGAAUUCCAUUGCAGGAUUUCCUCCCCGCUUAGAGCGUCUGGAAGAUUUGGAAGGGGGCAGUGGAGGGGAUGGAAAUGUGGCCCAGAUAGGAAGAGUGUGGCCAUCUUCAUAUCGAGCUCUCAUAAGUGCCUUUUCUAGACUUACACGUUUAGAUGACUUUACCCGAGAAAAGAUUGGGUCUGGCUUCUUCUCUGAAGUGUUCAAGGUGCGUCACAGAACGUCUGAUCAAGUGAUGGCUCUGAAGAUGAACAUGUUAAGCAGUAACCGGGCAAACAUGCUGAAGGAAGUCCAACUAAUGAACAGACUGUCUCAUCCAAACAUCCUGAGGUUCAUGGGUGUGUGUGUACACCAAGGGCAGUUGCAUGCACUUACAGAGUAUAUCAACUGUGGGAACCUGGAACAACUCCUAGACAGUGACCAACACCUACCCUGGACUGUGAGAGUGAAGCUGGCGUGCGACAUAGCUAUGGGACUUCGCUACCUUCACUUUAAGGGCAUUUUCCAUCGGGACCUCACAUCUAAGAACUGCCUGAUUAAAAAUGAGGAAAACGGUUACUCUGCUGUGGUGGCUGACUUUGGCCUGGCUGAGAAAAUUCCUGACUGCAGUGCAGGAAGCGAGAAGCUGGCAGUGGUGGGCUCACCUUUCUGGAUGGCACCAGAAGUUCUCAGAGACGAGCCCUACAAUGAGAAGGCUGAUGUCUUCUCCUACGGGAUCAUCCUCUGUGAGAUCAUUGCCCGAAUUCAGGCCGACCCCGACUAUCUGCCCCGGACUGAGAACUUCGGCCUGGACUAUGACGCCUUCCAGCACAUGGUGGGAGACUGUCCCCCAGACUUCCUGCAGCUCGCCUUCAACUGCUGCAAUAUGGACCCAAAGCUCCGGCCUCCCUUUGCUGAAAUUGUGAAAACCCUAGAAGAGACUCUGAGCUGUUUACAGGAGGAAGAAUUGGAGAAGGGCAGAAAGCCCCCUCCCAUUGGCAAAGGACUCCUGGAGAAGGGCCCUGGCGUGAAGCGGCCGAGCUCUCUGGACGACAAGAUCCCGCCCAAGUCUCCUCGCCCACGCCGCACCAUCUGGUUGUCCCGAAGCCAGUCGGACAUCUUCACCCACAAACCCCCCCGUGUAGUGAGCGUGCUAGAUCCUUCCUAUGUGCCCCACCGUGGCGCAGGGACUCACUUCCCCAAGAUUAAUCCUUUCAGUGCCCGCCAGGACCUCAAGGGAGGCAAGAUCAAAUUCUUUGACAUGCCCAGCAAGUCAGUCAUCUCUCUGGUGUUUGACCUGGAUGCGCCAGGACCCGGAGGCUCUGGUGGGGGCAUCAGCCGGCUUCCUGCAGAAUGGCAGGAGCCCAUGGCUGCGCCUCUCCGCCGUUGGCGCUCUUUGCCCAGCUGCCCUGAGUUCCUGCAGCGGGAGGCUGGCCCCUUUGGGGGGCGAGAGGAGACCCCUUUUGAGGGCCCCCUGAGACUACUCAGCAGCCUUAAAUAUGGGGUCACAGAGAUCCCACCCUUUCGGGGCCCAGCUUCCUCCCAUGCCUCAGAACAAGAAGCCAUGGACUGUUCCUGUACUGUAAGCCCCCAGGAAGAGAAUGGCUUUGGGCCCCUGGCCCCUGAAGCUAUGGAAGUCGAGGAAUCCCAGCUGCCCCGGAACCUGCUAUCCAGCCUGGUAGGGGCCGCAGCCGGCAGCAGGGCCGGUCAAGGGCAGGUCGAAUGUGAUGGGUGAGCCUGGGCAGGGAUUGGCCCCCUUUCCAGACCAGGCAGCCCCAAACUCUGGUUCAGGGCAGCUCCUUACAAAACCCGAACCUGGGCUCCAUGGUCUUAGGCCUGCUCUCCUCCCGAGCCCCAGGUGAGUCCUGCUGCAUCCUGCCCCUCGUUGGGGAACAGAGUAGAUACGGGGGGAGAUACGGACCUAGCACGGACAGACGGACAGAUGGCCUGCCUCUUCCUGUGGGCCCCGGGAGAGCCAGGCACAUAGCACAGUCGAGAGUUCAGCCUCAGUUAAACCAAAAUCUAGGCCAGGAGCCAUCCGAGGCCCUCCACACCCAUGAACCAGCAUUCUCUGCCACCUCCUGUCUAUCUCCUGAUUGGUCAUCUCUCUUAACUCCUAAUGGGCACUCCUCCUCAAAAGCACUGCUGGGGGGUGGGGGUGGGACAUUGUGCAACAGUCCCAUUGCAGGGUCUCUAGGGGCCUUUUGGGGGUCUGGGGCUAAGCUCUGAAACAGUGAUGAACCAACCAGCAGCAGCAGGAGGGGACAGGGCCAAGUCUCCCACCCGAGGACGUGGACACUUCUUGCCAGUACCCGACACUUGAAUUUCAAAUCUCUCAUUUGCACUUACUGCUCUAGUCCUACGGUUCCUAGGGUGGAUUCUAUGCAAGGGGGGGAGGGGGGUGAAAGGGCAGGCAGGGCCGCCUGUCCUUGGGAUUCAUGAAUUCACAGCUGUCCAGAUGAUGUAUCUAUUUUCAUAUUUAUGAAGGAGUCUUAAACUUGGGCCAUCUGUAAAUAGCUCACCUUGUGACCAGGAGCAUGGGCUCUGGCCACUUCCCGGGACCCCGUCCCACGCACUAACACUGCCCUGGCCGGCUUUGCGAGCCGCGUUUCCAACGUAUGUUUAGGGACGUGUCAAGCACGCGAUUCGUUUGGAGGGAAGGGCCGUUCUGGUGGAGCCGCAAGCAGAACCAAAGAUGAAGCCGGUUAAAUUGUUUCAUAAUUUCUUUCCUUUUUUUUUUUUUUUGGGUAAAUCUUUACUAAGUUGCUUUUGGAUUUACAAAUUAAACGAGUUGCAGGUA